GUUCGCGUAUACGCGUGCCAUAAAAAGUGUGCAACGAGCCGCGUAUCGGCUCAGAUGCCUGCAAGGCUGCAAGGAGUCAGUACCGUCUCGCUUAAUCGAGUUACUCUGUAUCUACGUGGCGCCUGACCGAGUGACAACAAAUCGACAGCAUGUGCGGAAUAUUUGCGUACCUCAACUAUCUCACGCCGAAGAGCAGGAAAGAAAUUCUUGAGCUGCUUGUUGGCGGACUGAAGAGACUCGAAUACCGUGGAUACGAUUCAGCCGGCGUCGCACUCGAUUCUUGCGAUGGAAAGGACAUCGCCGUCAUCAAGAAGCAAGGAAAGGUUCAAGCGUUGGAGGACGAGAUCUUGAAAAACGAAAAGCUCGACUUCGAUGAAACGACGCUAAGCCACGUCGGAAUAGCUCACACACGUUGGGCGACUCACGGAGUUCCAUCGGAAGUGAAUUCUCACCCGCAGCGUUCCGACAUCGAGCACUCGUUUGUAGUUGUCCACAACGGUAUCGUGACGAACUACAAGGAAGUGAAGACCCUGCUUCAGCACAGAGGUUACUGCUUCGAGAGCGAGACGGACACUGAAGUAAUCGCGAAGCUUGUUCAUCACCUGUGGACCCAGCAUCCGAACUACUCGUUCCGCGAAUUGGUCGAGCAAGUGAUUCAGCAAUUGGAGGGAGCUUUCGCUCUUUGCUUCAAGAGCAAACAUUUCCCCGGUGAGUGUGUCGCUACUAGGCGAGGAUCGCCUCUGCUAGUUGGUAUCAAGACCAAAACUAGACUCGCCACCGACCACGUACCGAUUCUUUAUGGCAAGGAUGACUUCCCACUCAAAGCCAAAGAAGGUGACACAGCUCCCCAAGAUCAUCGCCCCCACGGAAGAGGCUCGGAUUUGCCAAUUAUUCCACGCAGCGACAGCACGUCCGAGUUUCAACCCCUCGAAGACAAGGAGGUCGAAUACUUUUUUGCCUCUGACGCGAGCGCCGUGAUCGAACACACCAACAGAGUAAUUUUCCUCGAGGACGACGAUGUCGCCGCGGUUAAAGACGGAGCGCUCUGCAUCCAUCGUCUCCGUCGUCUGAUGGACGACCCUCACGCUCGUGAGAUAUGCACUUUGAAAAUGGAAAUUCAGCAAAUAAUGAAGGGUAACUACUCGUACUUCAUGCAGAAGGAAAUUUUCGAACAGCCCGAGUCGGUGGUCAACACGAUGAGGGGACGUCUUAAUUUCCGGGACGAUUCCGUGACUCUUGGCGGUAUCAAGGAUUACAUACCGGAGAUAAAAAGGUGCAGAAGACUGAUGCUUAUCGGGUGCGGAACCAGCUAUCAUUCGGCAGUGGCGACCAGACAGCUCCUCGAGGAGCUCACGGAGUUGCCGGUGAUGGUCGAACUCGCUUCCGACUUUUUGGACAGAAAUACACCGGUCUUCAGGGACGACGUUUGCUUCUUCAUAUCGCAGUCCGGCGAGACCGCGGACACUCUUAUGGCACUUCGUUACUGCAAGGGUAGAGGAGCGCUAAUCGUCGGUGUGACGAACACGGUGGGCAGCAGCAUAUGUCGCGAGUCUCACUGCGGUGUUCACAUAAACGCCGGACCCGAGAUCGGUGUCGCAAGUACGAAGGCUUACACGUCCCAGUUCAUAUCUCUGGUGAUGUUUGCUCUGGUUAUGAGCGAGGACAGAAUCUCUCUUGGAAACAGACGGCUCGAGAUCAUCGAAGGACUCAAGAACCUCGACAAUCUCAUUCGCGAGGUUCUCAAGCUCGACGACAAGGUCAAGGAACUGGCGAAAUCCCUGUUCCAGCACAAGUCCCUUUUGAUAAUGGGUAGAGGGUACAAUUUCGCAACGUGCAUGGAGGGCGCCCUCAAAGUCAAGGAACUAACUUACAUGCACAGCGAGGGAAUAAUGGCCGGUGAACUGAAGCACGGUCCUCUGGCUCUUGUCGACGAUUCAAUGCCCGUCAUCAUGAUCGUCAUGAGGGAUCCCGUUUACGUGAAAUGCAUGAACGCUCUCCAGCAAGUAACAGCCCGAGAAGGAAGACCUAUAGUGAUAUGCGAGGAGGGAGACAAGGAGACGAUUGCUCUUGCCGAUAGAGUAUUGGAAGUGCCGAAGACCGUAGACUGCCUGCAAGGCAUCCUUACCGUCAUUCCGAUGCAACUUUUGUCAUUCCACAUCGCGGUGUUGCGUGGCUGCAACGUCGACUGUCCGAGAAAUUUGGCAAAGUCAGUCACAGUCGAGUAGAGUAGUGUAGGACUCGCAUGCAGGAUUAGGAAUUGCAAUUGGCGAUAAGGAGAGUCGGUGGAUCGUGGCCAAUGAUGCGUAACGAGGGCUGAAUUCUGAGAGGCUGGCUUGUUUACAUCGGCAUCGACAGUGAUUGCCAGGCGCGUAUUUACUAGCGAAAAGAUUAGAAUCUGCGGGACUUGGAGAAUUCUAAGGAUAUACUAAGCAAACUUUGUUCCAUUAACUCGAGAGCGGAUGGUGCGGGAAUAAUCUUCGGGAAAUAUUAUUAAAACCGAGUUCUCCGUCGCCGCAAAAGACGAUUUGGUAAAAUUUCACGGAAAUCGAGUUCGAUUUGAAUUGGUACCGCCCAUCGUCGACUUAAAGUAAAUACUUGUCAAUGAUUAACGCGUGUAUGUCAAGUAUCGAAAUACAACUAUUCCAAUACGCGAAGAAAAAAAUGUUACGGAUUGAGGCGUUAGAAUGUUUAUGUGUGGGUGUGUGUACGCGAUAUGUAGAUGCAGGUGAAAUUUUUCACACAGUAUGUCAUUUCAUGCAUUUCACAUCACAAGUUUCGGAUGGUUAUAUCUGUAACCAGAUACGUCAGUGUGUACGAUUAACAUCGUUUACCGUAUGUUAAAAUCUAUACAUAUAAAUGUAUAGAUAUUAAUGAGAUACAAACGAAUUAUCAUACGAUGCGAAACUUGUAUUGAAUAAUAAAUCAAUAAUUAUAGUUUAAGAAUUUCAAUAUAUAUAUAGUAUUGUUGGGGAAAAUUGUUAUAUUUUGUAAACUAUUUCGGAAAAACUCUGACAAGCUUUUAGUAUCGUUUAGACAGCGCUUGUAGGUAUUCUGUGAUUGUGGUUCAUUUGUUGAAUCUGAUAUACUUUAUUUAUAAGAAGAAAAAAAAUCUAUGUACGUAGCGUGUGUAAGCACUGUGUAUUGUAAACAGUUUAGCUCGAAAUACGAAAGUUUUCAAGUCACUUGUAGUAAGUGUUCAACAAAUGGCACGUACCGCUUUUCAAAUUCAUUCUCUGUUCUAUAUUUCUUUUACUUUCUAUCGCGACAUUGGUUACCUUGUGACAUUCUGUGCUGCAGCUAUCGUAUUCAGCUACUUAAUAGAAUCGUGUAAGGAUUUUUCUAGAAUUAUAUAAUUGAGAUUUAGUUUGUUUAAUUAUUAUACACAUUCGUCGUCACGCUUAGUUAUCACGGUUAUAGCUAUACUGUAUCGGACCAGAAUGUAAUCUUUGUAAUAUUGUUAAAAUAAUAUACAAUUUACGCACCGUAAAAAUAAAAAAUUAAAAAUCAAA